UUUGGACUAAGGUUUAAAUACUUCCAUUUUGUUUUUACAUCUCUAUAUCACUCUACAAUCCUGAUCGGCACCACUAUGCCUGUUCCAAUGCACACUAUGGAUAUGGAGACGAUACUAUGUGAACAGAGGGAGCCGCGGGAGUUCAAUCUCCGCCAUGCUCCUCGUAACACCUCAGCAUUGCAUGCAGCAUUAGACCAAGUAGUUGCACCUAACCGUAUGAAUAUACAAUUGGACAGUGAUAGCGACGUACAUAGAGACGAAUCUAAUACACGAAACAGACCUGUAUCAUUCAAUACACAAUCGACCACAGAUCAUGGUUUACAUAGACAACCCCGAGAUGAGAGUAUACACGUGCUUCCACAUCCAAGACGUGGGGAUUUGGAGUGCGAUGAUAUGAUCGAUUUGAGUGCAGCUGAAGAAGAGGACAUAUCGCGCGAUAUCAUACUUGCAGUAUCGUCAGGUCCUGGUACACAUAACAAUAGGAGGCAGACUUUCCGAGUGGGCGAGAACCUGGAGAGACAAAGUUACACACACUAUACCAUCACAUCUGAAGAAGAGCGGGCUUGGAACGAUUCAAGUGUACAGCAGAGUGCAUUUGCGUUCUUAUCGUCAUUACGAGGGCGGAGAUUGGCCUCAGAGCUGCCUGAAGAGUUACAAGAUAUGACUAUACACAGCCCCGGAAGUGGCAGACAUACUGAGGAUAAUGAGGUGGAUAUAGCACACCAUGUUGCAUUCAAUCCGUCUGUAGUCAGCGGACGGCAAAGCCACCAAGACGCACCGGAAGAUGUCGAAGAGUGUUCGGCACAAAUUGCAGAGUAUACUGAAUUAGACAGUACGGAGAGCAACACAGGUAUGGCUGCAAAUGGGGCAUACGAUUCUGUGGUGCAUGCGACGGCUAUGCGUAAUGCUCUGGGGCUCAGUUCGAACAAUGGCGUGUGCAUGAUGGAGGAGGUCGUGGUUGGUGAGAGACCGGCCUCGGCUAUAAAUAGAAGAGGCGCGAACGGCGGUGGCGGCCAGCGACAGAGGAGGAGUGCGGGACAAAGAGCUGCAGCGAGACCGCCGGUGGUGGCGCUGUCACAUUUAAUGGAUGACGAAGACGAGUAGAAUAUGCCGAAUAUACGACAAAUAAUUAAAUCAUGAAGACCCACAUUUUAAAAGCG